AUGCAUAUCUCUAUUCCUUCCAAUCACACUAUGGAUCACUUCGAUCAGGAAGCUCCAGCGAGCAACAAGAACUCUCCCAUAAAUGAUGCCACGCAAGACUCAACCUAUGCGGAUUCUCCAAUAAGUAAUAAACUCGUGUCCUCUGAUAAGGUAUCAACGGCUGUCCUCUCAGCCACCGUUUCUCCUUUGCCCAAAUCGUUGAACGAGAUGGACGAAAAAACAAAUGCAGAUAUUCAAAUUAACAAUGACUCGGGUGAAGAAAAGAACCAUAAUGAGGAUAUCCAAAUGAUUCCUGAAAACAACAUGGUAAUUGUGGUCCCUGCUCUUGUCUUGACUCUUUUUUUGGCUGCUCUAGAUAACACCAUUGUCACCGUUGCCCUUCCUACCAUUUCUCAGCAUUUUCAUGAUUCCUCUCGCUCCUUUUGGAUAGGUACUUCGUAUUCCUUGGCUACAAACGCAAUCCUACCGGCCGUUGGCGUUCUCUCCAACAUCUUGGGGCGAAAGCCUAUGCUUUAUGUGUCGGUCUUUUUCUUCAUGCUCGGUAGUGCUCUCAGUGGUGCUAGUCAAAAUAUGAUUAUGCUGAUUGUUUCCAGAGCCAUUCAGGGUCUUGGGGGUGGUGGAAUUAUGUCUCUGAUUAACAUUAUCAUUUCUGAUAUCACCCCUCUCAAAACGCGCCCUAUAUACACCGGUUUAAUUGCUUCGGCUUGGGGUAUCGCUCUCGUCCUUGGUCCAAUUCUCGGCGGCGUUAUUUGCCAAAGGACUACUUGGCGGUGGAUUUUCUUCAUUAAUCUUCCUGUUGGUGGCAUAGCAACAAGUCUUAUAGUUUUCUUUUUGAGACUACUGCCAGUGCAACGACAACCCAUUCGUUUGUUCCUUCAAACUUUUGACUUUUUUGGUCUUAUCAGCGUUAUAACUGGUAUUUCUUUGGGAGCUUCUUCUGGUCAUUGGUCUCGUCCUGGUGUUUUGCCUUAUAUUAUUGUUGGUGCAGUUCUUGUGAUCAUUGCUAUGGUAUACGACUUUCAUACCAAGCGAAACGCUGUACUGUCUCCUACGUUUUUUAAAAAUAUAAACAGUCUCAGCUUGCUUGUUUGUUCAUUCAUUCAUUUCCUAAACUACUAUUUAUUCUCUUACUAUAUUCCUCAGUACUUUCAACGGAUUCGAGGUGACAGUCCUAUCAUGGCCGGUGUGCACUUCUUACCUGGUGGUGGUAUUUUGUGUUUCUUUUCCAUAAGUGUUGGUAUCAUCCUUAAAAAGCUAGGCCGGUACAAGCCACUGCUUUAUAUUGGGGCUGUCGCUUGCACUGCUGGAAUGGGCAGUUUGAUAUCUUUGGGUGCCUACUCAUCCUUUUCCAAAGCAAUGGGCUUAACUACUAUCUAUAUGUUUGGUUCUGGCUUUUUUUUUCUGCCUCCACUUAUUGCCAUGCAGGCAUCCUUUCCUCCCUCAUUAAUGUCCAUGGCCACGGCCACUUUAAUGUUUAUACGAAAUAUUGGAGGUGCUAUCGGUAUAACCGUAGGAGAGGUAAUUUUUAGUCAAAGGGUGACUACUGCCUUUAACGGAGACAGUUCGAUUUCGAGCCUAUCAUAUGAACAGAUCCAACAACGUCCAGUCGAUGAACAGAACCAUAUUAAAGAAGCUUACGCAUCUGCCUACAAGACUAUUUGGCUUUUUGCUACUAUUGCCAUGGCUAUUGGUGCUAUCGCCGUCUUCUUUGUAAAAAGUGUUUCAAUGGAUCAAAGGGCGAAAAAAGUUCCUGCAAAAGAAGAGAAUGAUGAGCAUGUUUAA